AUGCCGCAACCACAGCAACAUCAGCAGCCACCGCAGCAGUUGCCUAUCCAGAUGCAGAUGCCAGCUCCCGCUUCAAACGGUGCCCAGGAUCCACAGAUCCCGGUCCCCCCGCAAGGUUCUUAUCCCUACAUGACAAGCUCCUAUCCUCAUACUCCAUAUAGUGUCUCUGGGGAUGCUUCAAUAAUGAAGCAGCAGAAUACACCAGGCGGAAAUCCCAACGCUAAUAGAACCAGGGAGUAUCCGUUUCCUCAACAGCACCAGCAGCAGCAGAACCAACAACAGGGGCCUCCACAAAUGCAAAUGAACGGGAAUCCCGGACAGACACCGACUUCUGGCAGUAUGUCCAAUCUCAAUAACAACAAUGCCAAUAGUAUGACCCCCAUUGACGAGGUUUCAGAAGCACUUCCUUCCGGUCCUCAAAACGAACAAAAUAAUGCUGCAAAUGUCAACCAUCUCCGAUCAGCAACGAUAAACAAUGAAAAUACCAAUAAUAGCAUGCCAUUUGCUGGAGGUCCUGGGAUGAACUACUACCGUUCCAAACCUGCUCCUCUUGUUUCACCAUUAAUGUCAUACUCCUCGAGGAAAUAUUUAGCAGAUAUGGCGACCUUGACAGUUUAUGAUCUAAUAAAUAGAAUUAAUAUAUCUGCUGGUAAGAUAAGUUCCAUUGAAUAUUGGCAAAACUUUAUUAAUGAUGCCUUUUCAAGCACUGCUAUUUUUAAAUACUCCAAGAGAUCUGAAUCAGAUUUUAGACAAUUUGAUUUCUUAGCACCUUUAGUGCCUAUAAUAUUUGUCAGUCUGGGAAAAUUAGGAGUUGUGAGGAUAGAAAUGAUUUUACAACAAUUGAAAUCCCAAGUGUUGAGUAAUGGCACCAUUUUUUUCAAUUCUCCAAGAGCAACAAUAUCGUAUCACUAUCCAGAUGGUUCGUAUAUUACUCAUUUUGUUCAACUAAAGGGAAUGUUCAACUCUCAAUUUAAAAUAGAGUGGUCAGAUCUUUGUAUGCAUAGUUUUGUUCCCGGUAUUGAAUGGAAUUCAUUUGAAAGGUUAAUAAGUGAUGAAAAGGCAAGUUAUGAAAUCUUCCAAAAGCUGACUGCAAAUAGAGGUAGAAAGAGAAGUAGGAGCAAGAUCACCAAAUCUAAUGAAAAGGGGACGAAUGAGUUGGAGGACACAAACGUUACACACGAGUUCCCACCAAAUUUUGAUGCAAUUACAAAGUUGAGAUCAUAUUUUAGUGUAUUCAGAAAUGUUUCUGUAUUUGGUACACAAGAAGGUUUGAUGAGGAUUAUGCAAGUAAGUACAUUCAUGUCUUCAUUACGUGAUUUGAAAGUAUUUCAAAAGAUAAAUGGUAUAAAGAGCCCAUUGGAAGCAUUAAAUGCGUUUGUCAGUAUGAACAUACCGUCAAUUAAUAAGCCAAAUGAUAAUGGGCCUUCAAAUAUUAGUGGUAAUAAACUACCUCAAGAUCCAAAUGUUCAAACACAGAAAGAAAAUCCCAACACACAUUCUCAACCUGCUAAAUCAGAUUUUAAUUUUAGUUUUGCAAAUGAGAAAAAUAGUGGCAAUGCCUUAUAUGGCACAUCAACUCACACUAAUGGAUUAGGACCUCGAACUAAAUCAUUUACAAAGGUAGCCUUGAAUACAGCACCAUUCCAUUCAAUAUCUUCCAAUAAUACUGGAUUAAGUAAAGCUAGUAAACGAGCAAAAAGUAAUGAUAUCAAGGCUCAGAUGAAGAAGAGAAGAACUAGUGCAAUAUCACCGAAAUCUGUAAGAGAAGAUCAAAAUUUAUCACAGACGUUUAGAGACUCUGCAUCAUCUUCAUCUCUCUCCACAGUGGAAAGUAGUGAAACCCCAUCUGAUGGGUCCAAUAAAUGA